AUGUGUCAUCUCGUGUAUCCCGUCUGCGUGUGCACCGAGUGCCAUCUCGAGAAGCCCGUCUUCACGCCCGAAGAUAUCCGCGAUAGCAUGCUCAGAUCGCGCAUGGAAUGCGACACUGACGACGAUCCCAGAUGCUCGGAUGUGAAACAAGACUGCUGGUCCCGCCACUGCGCCCAUAGCAAGUCGCACGCGAAGCACUCCGACGUCCACUGUUUAUUUACCUGCAAGCAACGACUCGGAGAGGCGCUCCAGAUACCAGGCGGCAACGCCCACUUCGUGUGUCAUGACUGCAAAUAUCCAAAGGACGAUCGUCGGUCUUACCAAAGCAGCCGUACCGGUGGGUACUUCUUGGGGAGUGGCGGGCCCACGUUCUCGUUUGCGCAGUCUAUCGCCAUGGUGCAGUGA